AUGUUUGGUCAAAUAGUGAUUGGGCCACCGGGGUCAGGAAAGUCCACUUAUUGUCAUGGGAUGUAUCAAUUUAUGUCGGCAAUAGGUAGAAAACUGUGUGUUGUAAAUUUGGACCCUGCGAAUGAUAGAUUACCAUAUCCUAAUUGUGCCCUAGAUAUACGUGAUUAUAUAACCUUAGAAGAAAUAAUGGAGGAGUUGAAUUUGGGUCCCAAUGGUGGAUUGAUGUAUGCGUUAGAACUGUUAGAUGUCGAAGGUAUUGAAACAUUUUUAGAGAAGAUUGAUCAAUUAAUUAAUGAACAAAAUUAUAUCAUAUUUGAUUGUCCAGGACAAGUGGAAUUAUUUACUCAUCAUAAUUCAUUGUAUAAGAUAUUCAAAAGUUUGACACAGAAGAAGCGAAUGAGACUAUGCGUCAUUUCAUUAGUCGAUUCAAUAUACUUAACUAGUCCAUCCCAAUAUAUCUCAAUUCUUUUAUUAAGUUUAAGAUCAAUGUUGCAAUUAGAUUUACCACAUGUAAACGUUAUAAGCAAAAUAGAUAUGCUACACAAGUAUGGCGAACUCCCUUUCAGAUUAGAUUAUUAUACUGAAGCACAAGAUUUACAUCGAUUGACACCUUUGCUUGAACGAGAAUCAAAUACAAUUCUUGGUAAAAAUUAUGUUCGAUUGAGUGAAAUGAUUGGAGAAUUGGUGGAGGAGUUCCAUUUAGUUUCCUUUGAAGUAUUAGCGGUAGAGAAUAAACAAAGCAUGAUCAAUCUUUUGAGUGUGAUAGAUAAAGCAAACGGUUAUAGUUUUGGAAGUGAAAUUGGAGGCGAUUCAAUAUGGAGUGAAGCAACCCGUCAAAGUGGAGCGGGAGUUUUUCAAGAUGUCGAUAUUCAUGAACGUUGGAUAGAAUAUAAACAAGAAUACGAUACCCAAGAACAGAAACAACACGAAGAAAUGAUAAAACUGGGACAAGAACAACCGAAUGAGAUGACAGAAGAGGAAGAAUGGGAACAGGCAUUGGAAGAUUGGGAGAAUAAGCACGGAGGAAAGGGACUGUUAUUGAGAUAA